CGAAACUUGAAGCCUGAAAAUCUGGCUGCCCGUUUCCGUCGGCUCCUCGACUCUCCGAGCAAGCACCGAAGUCCGACCGCCGCCAUCAAUGGCUGCUGGUGCUGGAGCUCUACCCACAGCUGCAAUUGUGGCUGCGGUCUCGGUUUCGACGGUCGUCUUCUCUUACUACCUCUGCAGCUACUGGUCCACAAGCGGAGCUCGUUAUUCGACUCCUUGUGUGAGUAAGAAGAAGAAGAAGCAGAGGGGGAGAAGUGGACUCGUGGAUGCAAUUGGGAACACUCCGUUGAUAAGAAUCAACAGCUUGUCUGAUGCAACAGGCUGCGAAAUUCUAGGGAAGUGCGAAUUCCUGAACCCGGGUGGAAGCGUGAAGGAUAGAGUUGCCGUGAAAAUCAUUGAAGAGGCACUGGAAUCUGGGAAGUUAACUCUAGGUGGAGUUGUGACUGAGGGAAGUGCUGGAAGUACUGCUAUUAGCCUUGCUACCGUUGCUCCCGCCUUCGGCUGCAAAUGCCAUGUGGUUAUCCCAGACGAUGCUGCUAUCGAGAAGUCCCAAAUUUUGGAAGCCCUGGGAGCUACGGUUGAAAGAGUGAGGCCUGUUUCAAUUACACACAGAGACCACUAUGUUAACAUUGCAAGGCGGCGGGCAGUUGAAGCUAAUGAAUUGGCUGCAAAGCUCAGAAAAUUAGCUAAGAUUGAAGAUGAAGUCCUUCUCAACCGAAUUGAAGGUUAUGGAUCUGAUGGACAGAAGCAAGACUCAGUUCUGCCUUACUAUGGUAACGGAGGUUUCUUUGCUGAUCAGUUUGAAAAUUUGGCAAAUUUCAGGGCCCAUUAUGAGGGUACUGGGCCUGAGAUAUGGGAGCAAACUGCUGCUUGUGGUGGUGGUUUAGAUGCAUUUGUAGCAGCUGCCGGCACUGGUGGCACUCUAGCUGGUGUUUCCAGAUUUCUCCAGGAAAAGAACCCGAAUAUCAAAUGCUUCCUCAUUGAUCCUCCCGGUUCUGGCUUGUACAACAAGGUAACCAGAGGGGUAAUGUACACCAAAGAGGAAGCUGAAGGCAAAAGGCUGAAGAACCCAUUUGACACCAUAACAGAAGGGAUAGGGAUCAAUAGAUUGACACAGAACUUUCUGAUGGCUAAACUUGAUGGUGCAUUUCGAGGUACAGAUGAGGAAGCUGUCGAGAUGUCAAGGUUUCUUCUGAAGAACGACGGUCUAUUUAUUGGGAGUUCAUCAGCCAUGAACUGUGUUGGUGCUGUUAGAGUGGCGCAGUCGCUUGGCCCUGGACAUACCAUUGUCACCAUUCUCUGUGACAGUGGGAUGAGACAUUUGAGUAAAUUCUGCAAUGCUCAGUAUCUAUCCGAGCAUGGUUUGACACCAACUUCAGCUGGGCUCGAGUUCUUGGGAAUCACCUGGGCUUUUUGGCAGAGGCUGGAAGCUUGGUCUAAUAUUUUUGGUCAUUAACUUAUUGAUACGGUGUUGCAGCAGCAUUUAUUUGGAUAUGUAAUUCCAUUGUGUGAGCUUGACACUGCUACACUCAAGUUGAGAGUGAUUGCUCCUUGAUGACAGAAUAUUUGAAAGUUGGACCAGUAGGUAUUGAAGAAUGUGAGGUUCUGAGUUUGGAGAUUCAAAGGCAUCAACAGUUCAAAUACAAAGUACUUGGAAAA